AUGGAAGCCUACAUGCUGUUCCCGCGGAGCAAUGGAAAGAGCUGCGAGGAGGAGCAGGAGGAGGACAUCGGCUGCCCGUCCGAGUCCGGGAUGUCGGCGGCCGGCUCCAUGCUGUCGUCGGACGAGGAGCUCGACGACGAUGCCACCUCCAGCUCCGGCUCCUCCGGAUCCACCGACAACUUCCAGAUGUCCUCCCUCAUGGCGCAGCUCCCGCUCAAGAGGGGUCUGUCCAAGUUCUUCGACGGCAAGUCGCAGUCGUUCGCGUCGCUCGCGGCCGUGGGCGGCCUGGAGGACCUGGCCAAGCCGCCGGGCAAGCGGAUCAAGGCGUCCCGGAGCUGCGAGGUCGGGCUGCAGGACGCGCACCGCCGGCGCUUCGCGCGCCGCAAUGCCGCGGCCUUCAAGAAGGUGUCCAAAGGGCGGCUGUCCGCGCUCGGUAGGGCGCCGGCGCUCCGGCCGCUGACGGCGAGCGCGGCGAGGCCCAAGGGCUUGCCCGUGCGGGCUCCGCUCUUCGUUUAG